AGUCAGCAGAACUCAUUCUUGUCUAACAAGAUGGCGGCCGUGAAGUCAUUGAAUCCGAAAGCCGAAGUAGCUCGCGCUGCUCAAGCCCUUGCUGUUAACAUUAGCGCUGCUAAAGGUCUUCAGGAUGUCCUUCGGACUAAUCUCGGACCUAGAGGAACCCUUAAAAUGUUGGUAUCUGGUGCUGGAGACAUCAAAUUAACUAAGGAUGGAAAUGUACUUCUUCACGAGAUGCAAAUUCAACAUCCUACAGCUUCUUUAAUUGCUCGGGCAGCCACAGCCCAGGAUGAUGUUACAGGAGAUGGAACCACUUCGAAUGUCCUUCUUAUUGGAGAACUUCUUAAACAAGCUGAGCUCUACAUUUCAGAGGGCCUUCAUCCCAGGCACAUUACAGAGGGAUUUAAUUUGGCAAAGAAAAAAGCAUUAGAGGUCUUAGAGGAAGUGAAAGUAGUGAAAGAAAUUGAUCGUAGCACUCUCAUCGAAGUGGCUAGGACUUCUCUUUUUACCAAGCUUCAUCAUAAACUAGCUGCCAAUCUAGCUGAACAAAUUGUUGAUGCUGUUCUUGCAAUCCAGCAACCUAAUGAAGCUAUUGAUUUACAUAUGGUAGAAAUGAUGGAAAUGAAACAUAAGACUGAUAUGGAUACUACACUUGUUAGAGGUAUUGUCAUGGACCAUGGAGCAAGGCAUCCUGAUAUGAAGAAGAGAGUAGAAAAUGCUUACAUAUUAACUUGCAAUGUGUCACUGGAGUAUGAAAAGACGGAAGUAAACUCUGGAUUUUUCUACAAAAGUGCUGCUGAGCGAGAGAAGCUUGUAGAUGCUGAACGAAAAUUUAUUGAUGAUAGAGUACAAAAGAUCAUUGAACUGAAAAGGAAAGUUUGUGACAACAAUAACAAGGGCUUUGUGGUUCUGAACCAAAAGGGCAUUGACCCAUUUUCUUUGGACCUUUUAGCCAAAGAAGGCAUCGUUGCUGUAAGACGAACUAAGCGCAGGAAUAUGGAAAGGCUAGUUCUGGCCUGUGGUGGCUCUGCUAUGAAUAGUUUAGAUGACCUUACACCUGAUUGUCUUGGUUUUGCUGGUAUAGUUUAUGAACAUGUGCUGGGUGAAGACAAAUUUACUUUUGUUGAGGAGUGCAAGAACCCUCGGUCCGUCACUAUUCUUAUUAAGGGACCCAACAAACAUACAAUUGUUCAAAUCAAGGAUGCCGUUAGAGAUGGUCUUCGAGCAGUGAAGAAUGCUAUUGAAGAUGGCUGUGUUCUACCUGGAGCCGGUGCUUUUGAAAUUGCAGCAUAUCGUGAAUUAAUGAAAUAUAAAGAGGAAGUAAAAGGUCGUGCCAGACUUGGUGUACAGGCAUAUGCUGAAGCCAUUCUAAUCAUUGUCAAGGUAUUAGCCCAAAACUCUGGUUUGGAUGCACAAGAAACCAUGGUAAAACUUCUCCAGGAAUACACAUCUCCAUCUCAGUCUGUAGGCUUAGAUAUCAAAUCAGGUGAAGCUAUUAUGCCUAUUGAGAAUGGUAUUUUGGACAAUUACAGAGUGAAAAGGCAGUUGCUGCAUUCUUGUACCGUUAUUGCCAGCAAUCUUUUAUUAGUAGAUGAAAUCAUGAGAGCAGGGAUGUCUUCUUUGAAGGGUACUUAAAGAAAAAUCCAUUUGUGGUAGUAUUUAACAUUCAUGUUUCAAAACUUGUUUCUACACAUUCUCUCCAUCUGGUCACUCGCUGUUCUGCAUGAAUGACAUUUCAACUGUGACUUCAGUCUGGCCACUACCACUACCAGUGGCUUCAUUAGUUGCCACAGCUGUCUGGUCUCUGUCACCACCAACUUCUGCUUGAUACAUAGUGUUAACACUACCUUUGUAUCGCAUUCAGUGUUACUAUUUUGCUUCUAACAGGAUACUUAGUUAAAUUCAUGCCAUUGCUAUCUAAAAUCCAGAGUAAAUUAAAAGGAAAGAUUUUUCUACUUGUUCCUGUCUGCCAUACAACUGUAAAAUGCAGGUGGCAUUCAACUAUUCCAUGCAGUGUCUUUGUCAGUUUUUCCUUGUUUCAAAAUAUCUCAUUUUACAGUUCUCACAGCAUAUCUGUAACUGGCUUUAAAAAAUAAAAACAACUGAAUCCCUUUAAA